ACAGUAAAGGGAUGACCACGUGAGAAAAUGUUUCCAUUUGUAAUAAUUUGAUAUACAGUGCAUGUUUUCUUUCCUGUAAUUAGAGAAAAAUAUUCUGUAUAAAGCCAGGUUCUGUCUGACGAUACAAGGUGAGCUCCUCUCACUGCUUUCUGCCUCCAUUUUUGUGAAACUCUUUCAGCCUUUUCAACCCUCAGUCUACACUCCUGUCACCCCCUCCCACUUCAUUCCCCUAUCCCCUCUCUCUCUCUCUUUCAUUUCCCCUGUAUUUGUAACUCCACCUCUCUUUGGUGUCACUAAGCUGAAGGAGGGAACUGAGAGCAAAGUAUGUGGAGUCCCUCCCAAACACUUCACUGCUGGUUACUGAGACUUUACAGGCAGGCACACGGAGCCAGGGUGUCAUAUCUCAUCUCUCUUCUUCAAUAGUUGUAGAAACUUGGAUCUGAUCAAAGGUACUGCCAAUCAUCUGAAACCUGGCAAGCUAGUAAAAAAGAACGGGAAGGGAGAGAGAAAAAUUGGGGGAAAUAUGUCCAGUUCUGUAAAGUGAUAAGAGGGAAGGCUGCAGAGAAGUGUGGGCUGGGUUAAAGUGGCACUUAAAAAGAAGCUCGCUUUAGCUUCUGUGCAUUUCACCAGCAGCCAGGCUGGGAGGCUAAGGAGGUAGAGUGGAUGAAACAACAGCUCCAAGGGGAAGGUGUACUCUCACUUCAUUCGAGCAAGUGUAUUUUUAGCCCUCCCUCCCAACUCUUCCACUUUACACUUAUUCUCUUCCACCCUUUCUUUUGUGGGAGCUAGCCAUGGCCACUGGUGUGGACAGGUUUUUGUGCUCUGUGCUGCUGCUGCUGCCAGCACUCUGUCUGUCUGUGGCUCUGCCAGAAAGCUGGCUGCCAGGGGAAUAUAAAAACACUGUGGAUGAUGCGCUGAGAUUCCUCGACGACUACAACAGCACUUCUGAAGAAGUGUUAUUCUCCAGUGUCUCUGCCAGCUGGGACUACAACACCAACUUAACAGACUACAACUCUGAGCGCCAGGUAAAUGCAUCCCUUGAAGAGCAGGCCUUUUCUGAAGCCUGGGGGCUAAAGGCCAAGACGGUCUUCACUUCUGAGGUCCUCAACGGGCUCCCUGACACUAAAGACAAAAACCUGAUGGAAAAGAUCAAAAUACUGGGAGCUGCCAACCUGCCCCAGCAAGACAGAGAGAGGUAUAACACCAUUCUCAGCACCAUGGACAAGAUUUAUUCUACAGCUAAGGUGCAGCCAGAGCCAAACAUAAGCUGGAACCUGGAGCCUGAGCUCACAAAGAUCAUGGCCAACUCCACGAGCUAUAAGACGCUGCUGUAUGCCUGGGAAGGCUGGCACAAUAAUUCAGGUGUUCCUCUCAAGCAGUACUACCCUAAGUUUGUGGAGCUCAGCAACAAAGCCUCUCAAGCUGAUGGAUUUGCUGACACGGGAGCAGACUGGCGCUCCUGGUAUGAGACUGCGACCUUUGAGGACGAUUUAGAGAAACUCUACCGGACCAUUGAGCCCCUCUACCAGCACCUGCAUGCCUUUGUGCGACGCCAGCUCUACAACCACUAUGGUCCCAAGUACAUCAACCUCAAAGGACCUAUCCCUGCCCACCUGCUAGGAAACAUGUGGGCUCAGACCUGGAAUAAUAUUUAUGAUAUGAUGAUCCCAUUUCCUGACAAGCCUAGCUUGGAUGUGACUGGUGAAAUGGAGAAACAAGGCUAUAAUGCCACGCACAUGUUUCGCGUGGCUGAGGAGUUCUUCACUUCUCUGGGUUUAGAACCAAUGCCUCAGGAGUUCUGGGAUAAAUCCAUGCUGGAGAAGCCUGAAGGUCGAGAGGUGGUGUGCCAUGCAUCUGCAUGGGACUUUUACAAUCGCAAAGACUUCAGGAUUAAACAGUGCACCACAGUGACAAUGGAGCAGCUCUUCACUGUGCACCAUGAGAUGGGACACAUCCAAUAUUACCUGCAGUACAAGGAUCAGCCUGUGGGCUUCCGUCGCGGAGCCAACCCUGGUUUUCACGAGGCUAUUGGCGAUGUUUUAUCUCUCUCUGUUUCCACACCCAAACAUCUGCACAAGAUUAAGCUGCUGGAAUCUGUGACCUCUGACCCUGAAACCGAUAUCAACUACCUGUUAAAGAUGGCUCUGGAGAAGAUAGCCUUCCUUCCUUUUGGCUACCUCAUAGACCAGUGGAGAUGGAGUGUUUUCAGUGGACACACUCCUCCAGACCAGUACAACUCACAGUGGUGGCAUCUCAGAACAAAAUAUCAAGGCAUCUGCCCACCCACAAAACGUACUGAGGAUCACUUUGAUCCUGGAGCAAAAUACCAUAUCCCUGGAAACACGCCAUACAUCAGGUAUUUUGUCAGCUUCAUCCUGCAGUUCCAGUUUCAUGAAGCACUGUGCAAGGCAGCCAACCACAUGGGUCCUUUGCACACAUGUGACAUCUAUCAAUCUAAAGAAGCAGGCGCGAUUUUAAAGAAAGUUCUUCAGGCUGGUUCUUCCACACCUUGGCCUAUUGUGCUCCAGGAGGCUAUAGGGACCAACAAGAUGGAUGCCAGCUCACUGAUGAAAUACUUUGACCCUGUUAUUCAGUGGCUGAAAGUUCAAAAUGUGAAUGAGACCUUGGGAUGGCCUGACUUCAAGUGGGUCCCACCAAUCCCUGAGGGCUACCCUGAAGAUAUUGGCAAAAAUACAGAAGAGGUUGAGGCAAAGAAGCUUCUGGACGAGUACAACAGGACAGCUGAGGUGGUGUGGAAUGCCUACACUGAGGCCUCCUGGACAUACAACACUGACAUCACCGAAAAUAAUAAGCAGAAGAUGCUUGAGAAGAACCUGGAGAUGGCAGCACAUACCCUGCAGUAUGGAAAGAAGGCCCGUCAGUACGACACCACUGACUUCCAGGACGCCUCGGUCAAACGCAUCAUCAAAAAACUCAGCGACAUCGAGAGGGCUGCACUGCCCACAGCAGAGCUGGAAGAGUACAACACUCUCCUGUCCAACAUGGAGACCAAGUACAGUGUGGCUGAGGUCUGCAGAGAUGAUGGGAAAUGCCUCCCGCUGGAUCCAGAUCUCCAGAAGAUAAUGGCAGAGUCAAGGAAUUAUGAUGAACUGUUGUUUGCCUGGAAGGGAUGGAGAGACGCUGCUGGAAGAGCAGUUCGUCAGGACUACAAGAGAUAUGUUGAGCUGGCUAACAAAGCCGCCACACUCAAUGGUCAUUCUGACAAUGGGGCUUUCUGGCGCUCCUUGUAUGAAACCCCUACUUUUGAGGAAGACCUGGAGGCUUUGUGGAAGGAGCUGAGCCCACUCUAUCAAGACUUACACGCCUAUGUUCGCAGGGCUCUGUACAACAAGUAUGGUCCUAAGUAUAUCAAUCUGAAUGGUCCUGCUCAUUUGCUGGGCAACAUGUGGGCUCAGACAUGGUCUGGCAUAAUGGACUUGGCCAUGCCCUACCGAAAUGCCACACAGGUCGAUGCCACACCAGCUAUGGUGGCACAGGGCUGGAAUCCCAUCAGAAUGUUUAAUGAAUCAGACAGGUUUUUUACCUCCCUGGGCCUGCUACCAAUGCCAGAAGAGUUCUGGAAGAAGUCCAUGCUGGAGAAGCCGUCUGAUGGGCGCCAGGUGGUGUGCCACGCCUCUGCAUGGGACUUCUAUAACCGAAAAGACUUCAGGAUCAAGCAGUGCACUGUUGUAACUAUGGAUGACCUGAUCACUGUGCAUCAUGAGAUGGGCCACGUCCAGUACUUCCUGCAGUACAAAGACCAACCUGUGUCCUUCCGUGAUGGAGCCAACCCUGGCUUCCAUGAGGCCAUCGGUGACGUGCUAGCGCUUUCUGUCUCCACUCCCAAACAUCUGCACAGCAUUGGCCUCCUGGACAAAGUCGAGAACAACUAUGAAAGUGAUAUCAACUUCCUGAUGAGCAUUGCACUUGACAAGAUCGCCUUCCUACCUUUUGGCUACCUGAUGGACCAGUGGAGAUGGAAGGUAUUUGAUGGACGCAUCCCUCCGACCGAAUACAAUAAAGAAUGGUGGAACCUCAGACUUAAGUACCAGGGAGUGUGUCCACCUGUAUCCCGAACUGAAGAAGACUUUGACCCAGGUGCAAAGUUCCACAUCCCUGCUAAUGUACCCUAUGUCAGGUACUUUGUCAGCUUCAUCAUCCAGUUUCAGUUCCACAAGGCUCUUUGUGAAGCUGCCAAACAUGUUGGGCCUCUUCAUACCUGUGAUAUUUAUGAAUCGAAGGAAGCUGGGAAGCUACUGGGUGAUGUGAUGAAGCUCGGCUUCAGUAAGCCCUGGCCCGAAGCAAUGACCAUGAUCACCGGCCAGCCCAAAAUGAGUGCCCAGCCACUCAUUCAAUAUUUCAAACCCCUCAUUGAGUGGCUGGAGAAAGAGAACAACAAGAACAAGGAAAUUCGCGGGUGGCCUGCGUAUGACUGGAAACCAAGUGAAGCUGAAGAAAGUAAAGUGGACGAUAAAGUGGACAAUAAUGUGGACUUCCUGGGUAUGAGCGUGGACAACUCAGCUGCUGCAGCUGGCCAGUGGAUCCUGCUGGUCCUUGGCGUGGUCCUCUUGGUGGCCACCAUCCUCUUGGCCUAUAAGUACAGGAAGACAAAGAAGUCUCCAAAGUCCACGUCCAUGAUGGAGCUCAAACAAAAGGACUAGUCGUCAGUGACGGCCUACUGUAACAUCACAGUACCAACCACAAUGUGAACAUCAGUGUUUCUGUGUACUGUACAGUACAUCUGAUCAAAUUAGCUUUUUUCCUCUUCAUCUGCCUCCGUAUCUAGUCUCAUAUAUUUAUUGUAUACAUUUGAAGUCAAAUUAUUUUACCUAUGCAAAAGAACUGCUCAAUUUUGUAAUUUAUUUGUAAUACUUGAAUCUUUAGGGAGCAUGUGUUUUAAAAUGAAUGUUUGUAAAGGCAUUAAUUGUGUAAACAUUCUUGAAUAUUUGAUCUUAUUACUUUUUUUGUUGAAUCCUUUGCAUUUCCACAAUAAAGACAUGAAAUGUCGGUGCAGAUUCUCAGUGAUCCAGGUCAUAGUAAGCUGAGAAAACUG